AGACCGUGCCGUCCGACCCGACACGGUCACACUCGCACCUCCAGACUUUAUCACGGCGCGGCGACCGCGCUCGCGCGCUUAUAUAGCCCCGCUCGGCGCGCCCGGCACGGCAGGAAUUUGGCGCGGAUCGAUCGAUGGCGAGCCAUGGCCACGACGCGCUGUGGGCGAAGCUGUGGGAGCUGGAGCUGCAGCUCGCGGCGUACAAGCUCAUGCACGCCGCGCGGUGCGGGGAGGACGACGACAACGACGGCGCGGGCGCGCCCGAGACUGCGUGCUGCCGCGGCAGGCAGUACGACGCCUACAUGCGCCGCCGCGACGCCAGGCGAGCGUCCGUCGCCGCGGCCGAGGUCCAGCGGCGGCAGAGGCCAGGCGCCGGCACGCGCGGCAGGCCGACCCCGCUGACCGUCAAGUGCGCCGCUCGGGACACGCCGCAGGUGAGGCGGUCGCUGCCGGCCGUACCGACCACCCCGAGGAAGGAGCACGGCGCGCUGCCCCUGGCCAGGAGCAAGACUGUGAGCGGCGGCAGCGGCGCUCCAGCGGCGAGGCCGCAGUCGCACCACAGGCGGAACAGCGUCGGCGGCGACCUCGGCGACUGCGGCACGCCGAGGCCGUUCCUCAGGCGCGGCAGCGGCACGGGUGGCGCGACCGCGGUGCACCUGCGUUCGCCGAGGGUGCACGACCUCCCCGGCAGCAGCCCGAGCCCGAGGCGGCCGCGGCCGCAGGACCAGCUCGCCACGAAGCCGCGCCACCUCCGGUCCGUGUCGGAGGUGCCGUUCCACGCGUCGGCGGCGACGGAGUCCCCGUCCCCGAGGUGGGCAGAGACGCCGGGGCCGGCCCAUGCACGGGUGCGGAAGCAGUGGGGCAGCGCGGAGAACCCGCCGCCGGUGCUCUUCUCGGCCGCGGCGACAAACCCGCACAUGGACCUGGCAAAGGGGCUCAAGAAGCUGCUGAGCUUCGUGAGGAAGAGCAAAAGUAGCAGCGAGCGUCAGCAGCACGGCGGCGGCGGACGUGACUCCGGCGACGGGAAGCCCGUGAAGGAGUGGGCGAGGGCGGCAGCCUGCUCCGGCCUUGAUGAUGGCCCGUUCGAUCGUGCGAGGCUGGAGGGGCACCGGUUCCCCAUGACACGGCCAGUCGGCACCUCUCGGUGAGCUAGGCGUGCGCGGUGCCUCAUGAAACAGUGAUAUCUGAUAGGAACGUCGUUAGACAUUCCGUGUGCUCGAGAUCGAGAGAGACUUUUUGGUUAACGGCCAUUCUUUUGUGCCGUGAGUGUUUGUGUUAGUAGCAUGUGCUCUGCUUUUGCCUUAGCGAAGAGGAAAGUAAAGAGAAAAAAAAGGAGCUAGGCGUUUUUUUGCAUCCGGAGCAUAUGA